AUGAGUUCAGGGUUCAAGCUGUCCCCGGUUGUUCGGAUUGUGCUGUGCCACCUUAUUCUCUGGUUCGGCCCGGGAGGCCGAGGAAUACAGGCGGCCAAAGAGAUCCAAGUUCAACUUCAGAUGCGUGAAGAAACGCCCCCGUUCACUCGAAUCGGAUCGAUCGCACCCAGUUUACCGAUGGAUCUGGGGCAAAAAUUACACUUCCUCACAGACAGCAGUUUUUUCUCUGUUACUCCGAACACCGGUGAGGUUCGUGUGGCUCGCCUGGUGGAUCGGGAACGACUCUGUCCGGAAUAUAAACUGUGUUGCGGGAUGAUCACGUGUGAAUUAGACGCUCGGAUAUUUGUGACCAAUAAAGCCACUGGGGAAUUUGCGGCUACGGUCAAUUUAAAAGUAGACAUACAGGAUCAGAACGACAAUCGACCGGUGUUCCCCACGCCGACCCAAAUUGUCCGAGUGUCUGAAGCCAGUCUCCCGGGCACGCAUAUCAGUCUGACACCGGCCACAGAUGCCGAUAUCGAACCGGUCAAUCAGAUUCAACGAUAUACCCUGAUCGAACCGACCGGGACGUUUGUUCUGGAUUUGAACAGUCUACCGUCUGUGCGAUUACAACUCACACGACCCUUGGAUCGGGAAACCACCGCCUCAUACACAGCCACCUUAGAAGCAUGUGAUCCCGGAGCGUGUGCACGUCAAACAGUGGACAUCGAGGUUCUUGAUGAGAAUGACAAUCAUCCGAAAUUUGCCACCAAUCGAAUCACUAAGCAACUGAUGGAAAAUAUUGAUGUCGGACAUGUGGUGUUGCAUUUGAAUGCGACAGAUGCAGAUUCUGGGGAACGAGGUCGAAUAUUGUACUCGUUUCACGGAACUGUCGAUCCAGAUCUGUUGGAUACAUUUGAAUUGGUCCAAGAGACCGGAGAGAUUCGACUCAAACGCCCUUUGGCUGCGAAUAUUCGAAGCAAUUAUCGAUUUAAGGUGGUCGCUUGUGAUGCCGUAUUGCCCGCAUGUACUGGUGACGAGAAUUCUACGGCGGAAGUAGAUUUAAAUGUGAAAGAUAUGAACAAUUUCGCCCCGUCAAUUCAUGCAGUUGCAGCCGGUGUGGCUCUGAGCUCCGCAGAUGCGAUGGGCAGUUCCGGGUCCUCAUCAGGCGGCUACGAUGGUGCAUCCGGAUCUGCCGGGGAAACACGUGAUGGUUUGACUAUUAUGGAAAAUACCCCGCCCAGUCAAGUUGCUGUNAGACGAUGA